AUGGUUCGCACGUACAGAAGAAAGACUGAUGCCGAAGAAUGGUCUCAAAAAAAAAUGAAAGAGGCUGUAAAUAAAGUCCAGAACAAAGAGUUGACCUUACGUAAGGCUGCUGAGAUUUUUGCAGUACCGUUCACGAGCUUACAGAGAAGAGUUACUUUAUCCAGGGGUAUUAUUAAGCGUCGAGGUGGACAGCCAGCUUUAGAUGAGAACGCAGAAAAGAAGUUAGCUGACCGGCUAUUGCACUUGGCAAGUCGUGGCUUCGGAAUUACACCCAAAGCGGUACGUAAGUACGCGUUUGAAUUUGCAGAACGUCAAAACAUAAAACACAAAUUUGACAGAAAUGCUGGAAUGGCUGGCCAGGACUGGUUUCAUCGCUUCAUGCAAAGAAAUAAAAAAUUAACUAUUCGGAAGCCGGAGGGUCUGUCAAGAGCAAGGUGUGAUGGUAUGAAGAAGGAAAAAGUAGCAGAAUUCUUUAAUACUUUGGAAACAGUAGUAGAUAACAACAAUUUAAGAGGAAAACCUGAAUGUGUAUACAAUGUUGAUGAAACGGGUAUGCCGCUUAGUAACCGCCCACCCAACAUUAUAGCCCAAAAAGGUGCUAAAAAUGUUGUCGGCAUGACCAGUGUUGAACGAGGUGAAAAUGUAACCGUUCUAGCCUGUAUGAAUGCAGCAGGACAGUACAUACCUCCAUUUGUUCUAUUCAAAGGUGUGCGUAAACGUGACGAUUUUCUCCUAGGUAUGCCACCUGGUACUGAAGUUGCCAUGACAGAAAACGGCUGGGUCACCGAAGAAGCUUUUAAGUUGUGGCUGCAACAUUUCAAUCGCUACCGGACCCCAGGAAAAGUAGUUCUAAUUUUGGAUGGGCAUGCGUCUCACACCAGCUACUCAGUGGUAGACUUGUGUGACUCUUUAGAAAUUGAACUUGAAUCACAAAAGUCGCUUUCGGAGCACUUUUCCAACAGGGCUUGGAAUCAGGCUGCCACUGUUAGGAAUGCUACAAAAGGCUUCGAAAAGACUGGAAUAUUUCCACUAAACGCCAAUGCAAUACCUGACCACAAGUUCAUCGGUGAUCAAGAGUCGGACAUUGUAGAGUCCCAAGUCCAGUCCCCAAGUUCCCAAAAAAUGCAGCUACACGUGCAAGCCACAAAUACAAAACCACUUGAUAAUAUAGUGCCAUCCACAAGUUCACAACAAUCUGACGAAGCCCAGCCUCCCACCUGUGCAGAAAUAAUUAAAGAAAUUCUUCCAUCACCUUUAAAGUCACCAAUUGCUUCUAAAAGAAUUCGUAAAGUUUCAAAACUGGUCUUGUAUUUAACAUCACCUCAGAAUAAGACUACUCUUCUCGAAAAAGAAGCAAAGAAGAAAUUUAAGGUAGACAAUAAAACCAAGGAAAAUAAGGAAAAGGCUGUGGGCAAAGAAAAUACUAUGAAGAAAAUGAAGAAUAAAGCAAAGCUUGCGAUAAAAAUUAAGAGUUCAUCUCCAAAACAUAGAGAGUGGCACUGCAUUUACUGUUCCGAAAUAUUCGUUCAUCCACCAUCAGAGGAUUGGAUUCAGUGCAAUGCCUGCGAAGAAUGGUGCCACGAAAAAUGUGCUGAUAUGGGGGAGGAAAAAGGACCAUAUAUAUGUGAAUUAUGUGCCGAUAAUUAA